AUGUUUAAUUUAAGAAACAUCACUUUCAAAUUUGACGUAUUCACAUUAAAUAAAAAAUUUGAAGUUUUUCCAUUAGUUGUGCGUAAGAAAUUUUACCGGAGAAUUGUGUUAGGCAUCGAAACAAGCUGUGAUGACACCGGAGCGGCCAUCGUAAGUGAAGAUGGGUCCUUGUUGGGAGAAGCCAUCAAUUCACAAACUAAUAUUCAUGUUCAGGCAGGAGGCAUAGUACCUCCAGUUGCAAGGAAUCUUCAUAGAGAUAAUAUAGACGGAGUCGUUGAUGAAGCACUCUCACAAGCUAACCUCUCUCUAAAUGAUAUAGAUGUGGUUGCAACAACAAUAAAGCCAGGAUUGGCCUCUUGCCUAUCAGUUGGCCUGCAGUACACUAAGAAUAUACUACAACGACAACACAGAAGGAAACAAUUUAUACCCAUCCACCACAUGGAAGCACACGCUCUCACCAUCAGAUUCAUCAACAGCAUCUCAUUUCCCUACCUGGUGCUGUUGAUAAGUGGCGGGCACAGUUUGUUGAGUGUCGUACGAGGGGUCGAUGAUUUUGUUCUGCUGGGCAGGGGAAUUGAUGAUGCACCUGGGGAAGUCUUCGAUAAGGUUGCCAGACGAUUGCGCCUGAAAGACCUCCCCCAGUGCACCAACCUGAGUGGGGGUCAGUCCAUUGAAGUGGUGGCUUCAGGAGGCAAUCCUUUUCGUUACCCCCUCUUCCCCAUCAUGACCAGGCUGGCUGAUUGCAACUUCAGUUUCUCUGGACUGAAGUCUUGGGCGAUGAGGACGAUUGAAGAGGAGGAGCUUGAACAGGGUGUGUUGCUCUGUGAAGGUCACAUAUCGAAUCUGGCAGACUUCUGUGCUACUUUUCAGUACAUGGUGUUCCACCACAUUUGUAGAAGGGUGCAGAGGGGGCUGUUGUUCUGUGGGAUGAAAGGCCUACUUGGGGAAAGUGUCAAUAAUUUGGUGAUAUCAGGAGGUGUGGCCAGCAACCAGUGUGCUCGUCUCAUGAUGUCACAAUUGUGUCAACAUUAUGAUUGUCAUGUUUUGACUCCUCCCCCAAAAUUAUGCACUGAUAAUGGAAUCAUGGUUGCAUGGAAUGGAGUGGAGUUGUUGAGAGCCAACAGGAGAAUGUACGAUGAUGCCUCAUGUUUCCAAGUUCAACCAAAGUGUCCACUCGGAGUUGACCUCACCCAUGAUGUCAGAUCUUCCUGCAUAAAAUUACCAAAAAUAAAAUUACUGAACAGCUGA